CGGCAUUUCCGAAACCACAAAAAAUCUGCCAGAUUUGAACUUUCCAAUUGCUUUUUUUACCUCUUCUUAAAAUUUUGGAAUCAUUUCCAUAGACUCUAUUUUGGCAUCACUUUGGCGAAUUUGUAGAUCUCUGGCUACAUUUUACACGCAGAAGGUUUUUUGGCGAACUGCGGCUGCUAAAACGGAAAAAAUGUCAGAGCGCCAUUACUUUGAAGACUUCGAUAAGCCGAUGGAGAAGAUGCCGGUGGACUUCGACAUUGAGGAUCCGGCUCUCCUUGACUGUAGCGACAAACAGGAUCGUGGCGUUCUGAAGAAGAUCAUCAAAGAAGGUACCGGGACGGAUACACCAUUCGAUGGAUCCACGGUGCACGUCCAUUACAUCGGACGCCUGGUGGAUGGCAGUGUAUUCGAUUCGAGCCGCAAGCGAAACGAGCCGUUCAAAUUUAUUCUGGGAAAGCGAAAGGUGAUUCAGGCUUGGGAUUGGGCUGUUUCGACCAUGAAAAAGGGUGAGAUUUGUGAGAUGGUCUGCAAAUCCGCCUAUGCAUACGGAAAAAUUGGUAGUCCACCGAAAAUCCCGCCAAAUUCAACGCUGAUUUUCCAGGUGGAACUGUUGAGCUGGGAUGAUGAAGACUUGAGCGCUGGAAAAGACAAGAAAAUCUUACGGCGGCUUAUCCGAAAAGGCACAGGAUACACGAUGCCCAAUGAAAAUGCCAAAACCAAAGUCCGCCUGUGCGGGUUGUAUGAGGGGCGCAAGUUUGACGAACGAGAAGUGGAAUUUUAUGUUGACGAAGGAGACGACGACCUGCAGCUUAUCCCUGGCAUUGAUCUAGCCGUGAAGAAAAUGAAGAAGCAUGAAUGUUCGUUAUUUACUUUUCACCCGGAUGUCGCUUUUGGACGAGAAGGAAAGCCAGAAUGGGAGAUCCCCGGUAAUGCGGAAGUACGCUACGAAAUCACGCUUUUGGAUUUCGACAAGGCCAAAGACACUUGGAGCAUGAAUCCGGAUGAGAAGUUCGAAACAGCAGAGAGGUCUAAGGAAAAAGGAUCUCAGGCGUUCACGAAAGGAAGACACGCGGCAGCGAUUAAACAUUAUGAACGAAUGAAAGAGAUGCUGGCCGCUGACGCGGAAUUCAAAGACGAAAAUGAGGAGAAACGCAAGAAAAUGUUGGCUGUAUCGCAUAAUAACCUGGCUGCCGUUCAUUUGAAAUUGGGCGAUCUGUAUGCUGCCAAACGAGCGACGGAAGAAGCCUUGACGCUGGAUCCCAACAACAUCAAAGGGCUUUAUCGAAAGGGCACUGCCAAUUUCGGCUUGAGAGACUAUGAAGAGGCUAAACGCGAUUUCCAGCGAAUUGUUGAUCUGGAGCCGGAGAAUAAAGCGGCAAAACAGCAAUUGGCGCUGCUCAGCAAGGAAAUGCGUGCUCAAGCGGACAAAGAUCGCAAACGAUUUCAAGGAAUGUUCGAUAAAUUCGCUGCCGAAGAUUCAAAGGGUGAUAACAAACCGGAAGUUGACGUCAAAACCAAUGGCUCUGGAAGUGGAGACGGCAAGGCCGAAUAAAAGUGUCGUUUUUGGAAUAGUCCUUUUUUCGAGUAAGAAUUUUGAUCGCUUUUUUAGUCAUGUUGGGUUGCUAACUUCCAUUGAAGGGCAACGAAUCGAUUGAAAGACAUUCGUUUUUAAAAUUCUGUGACAUUGUCUCAUAAAUACGGGCUUGUUCGGUUUUGGUUUUUUUACCAAAUAUUUUUACUAUGCAUCCGUGUGUCGCACAUAUAUUGCGGGAAAUUGUCGUUUGGAUGGAUUUUAUAUGUAUUUCGUUGCAUGUUUUUUUUUACCUGAAUGAUCGAAACUGAAUGCUUGGAUUAA